GAUAAGUGUUGCCGCGUGCGGCUGCUGACCGAUAACUUUAAUUCUUCAUUCAGCGACGAUCAACUUCAGUGGAUAACAUUGCGACGCGUUAUUCUUGUAUGUCGUCCGAGGCAGCUUGAUAUUGAUUUCUUGAUCAUCUCUCUCACAUUCCAUUGUCAUAGUUCCAAAUAACUAACAAAGACAAAGGACUGCCUUGAUCGAAAUCUAUGGCGAGACAUCACCACAGGUGCAGCAACAGGAUCAGCAAAAACAACGAGCAGCAGCAAUACAUCUUCAACUCUCUCCUUUCAGGCAAACAACAAUAACGAAAGACUACCAAUCCAUGCAAUCGUGAGACUUAGAGGACGGAAGAGGAUAAUCUAAGGGGACUACCUCGAAUAGAUUUACAUCAUCAACUAACAAAGACGAGCUGCUUGCAUUUCUUGUGUCAUCUCUGUGUGUCCCUUGAUAGCAUCUGAAAUUGAUAAACGCAAAAAGAAAAAGGAUGGCAAGUGUUGACCAAGUUGUAUCAAAGGAAAAAAGUUCGUCGUUAUCAUUCAUUUAAGAUGGGACUUCCAUCCCAGUGUUUCUGCAAUCCAAUGCCAAGGUAUGAAAAGUUGUGGUGGACAGUUUAUCAUGCAAAGCCUGAAACUUAGUGACUGGAAGUGACAGACUGUGAUUGUGACAAGCUUUUUUCUCUGCAUCAGUUGCGAUGAAAUUAUAUUGCGACAUCACGCUACCAAAUACAAAUAUGUCUGGGUCUGGAAGAAAGCAAAUUGAUAUUUGUCAUGCAAUUUUUGGAUCUGGAAGAUGCCGAGCAUGGCAAGUUCUGCGGAACAGACUUUUCCAUACCUAGCCUGCGUGAGAGGUGCGAGCGCUGGCGUUUCAAGACAAAAACGUGCAUCUUCUGCUGAAUUUGACUACGUCGCAACCCAGUUUUUAUUGCCCGAUCAUGACCUAGAAUCAACAUCGCAAGUUUGCAUUUGCAUUUGCUGACCCAGACGUAUUAAUUUGCAAUGCAUAGACGCACGACAGUGCGCGUUGUGCAACAAUAAAACAGUUGGAGUAUUGGGAGUUGAAGGACAUGCUCCAAGAAGAAUUCGGGGAAGCAGGGAUUACUUUUGUUGGGAAAAAGCUCGGGAGAUCGUGGUAUAGAUAUAGUUUUUUGGAUUCCUGUUCGUUGUUGUUUUAGUUUUCUAGUUCGCGGAGAGGUUGUUGCCUGAAGAUUGUGACUAAUUGCUAGCGCCUCAUUUAUGAGUACGCUGCCCCCCCUGGUCGCGUUGAACUCUGCUCGGGGUGCGGCUUGAGGUUUUCCUUAAAACCCAAUGUCUUCACGUACAACAAGCAGAAAUGAGGCGCGGCCGGGCAGCCUUACAUUAACAUUAGUGCUUCCAUUUUCCAAACCUUUUUCAAAAUGUAAUUUCAAACUUCAAAAGCUUCACGUUGGAAGUGAACACGAGAUGGCUGAUAUGAAUUCGAAAGCAGUUAUCGUGACUACAAGUUUUCUAGCAACGUACUUCUAUUUCGGCUUUAUCGCUGGCAACAGCUUGCGGGCAGUAGCCUGUGUUUGAUGCAAGAUGUUAUUGUUAAGGCCACAGCAUAGAAGAAGACAGCUCGUCUCUCCAGCAUCUGUCAUGCGUUGAUUUAUUUCUUCACAUCCUGUUCCUAGCAAUGAAGACGCGGGAAGAUGAUCUUCAGCAACUGCUUUCGGUUUCAUGCCCGACCCUGAUGGAAGUCGGUGGCUAUCUGCAAUCGCGGUGGGGCGUGAUGGUGCGGCGGGCGGUAGGAGGGUAUGCGUACUAGGAUGAUGAUGAUGACGCGGCGGGCCAUUGGUUUCGUGGAAAAUUCUGCGGGGCCCUUUGGCCGGUCGUCCGCUCUGUGCAUGCUCGUGACUUCUCGAAUUUGGCCCCCGGGCUUUGGUUUCGCAAGGAUGUGCAAGAAGUUGGCGACUUUGAGGAAGUUCCGCGGCUGCCGCGAAGUGAAG